ACAGAAGACUGGCGCUUGUACCUGAGAAAUCAUGUUCAACUUCAGAUGCAUCCAUAAGUUACUACAGUACCUGAAAUUUUUAAUUUUUUUACUUAUCGAGAACGCCUUCUGUUUAUUUUCUCUACGCAAAAAAUGUUAUGCUGGUGAAAUAGUACUUAUUACUGGCUCUGCAAAUGGGAUUGGAAGGCAAGUUGCCUUAAAGCUGGCUCCUUUGGGAGUAACCUUGGUUCUUUGGGACAUUGAUGAUGAAGGCAACAAAGAAACAAGCAGAUUAGCGCAGCAAAAUGGAGCUAACCGGGUGUUUGUCUACCACUGCGACUGCAGCAAUAGGGAGGAUGUCUAUGAACAGGCAGACAAGGUUAAAAAAGAAGUAGGGGAUGUUACUGUUCUAAUCAAUAAUGCUGGCAUACUAAUUGGGAAAAAGUUCUGUGAUCUUACAGAUGAAGAUUUUGAAAAGACCCUCAGAAUCAACUUCUUUUCUCAAGUCUGGACUCUCAAGGCCUUUCUUCCAGCCAUGGUGGCCUGUAACCGUGGGCACCUGAUUAGCACAGCCAGUGCAGCUGGAUUAAUGGGACUCUACAGGUUAUCAGAUUAUUGUGCAAGUAAGAGUGCAGUCAUUGGAAUGAUGGAAGCCAUAAAUUCAGAACUGUACCACGGAGGAAAACGCGACAUUAAAACCACAAUCAUUUGCCCUUAUUUUUUGAGUACUAGGUUAAGCAAAGGCUUCAAAAGCAAGAGACCCUGUUUGUAUCCUGUUUAUGAUCCAGAGUAUGCAGCUAGCAGGAUAGUGGAUGCAAUUAAAAAGGAAAAAUUUUAUCUGAUCAUGCCUCCAGCUGUAUACUUACUUGGACUCAAAAUUUUCCUUCCUAGAAAAGUAGUGUUAUUCCUCGAGUCUUACGUUAAGUUCCCUGAGAGCAUGGAAGAAGCCUAUGGCCAGAAGAAAAAAGAUUGAAACAAAAAGUAUUCUGAAGACCUCAAGUGCCAUCAAAUUGUAAACAUUUGCAGUAAAAAGUAAUUUUAAAUCAUAUUUAUUCCUUGACAAAAAAUUUACUUCUUUUAUGCUAUUUUACGUUGAUCAGCGUGCCAUUUAAUUCUUCACAACUGUCUUUUAAGUUUUUAUGUUUGGCAAUUUUCUGAGAAAUUUUUGAAAAAUCACUAAAAU